AUGGCCUUGAACCCUGUAGCAAAGGCAUCUCUACCACCGGAGAAGCUUGUCAUAUUCUGCGACGGUACUUGGUGUGGCCCGGAACAUGGCACCCGUACUAACAUCCAGCUACUGGCCGAGAUGGUUGGCAUCGACAUGAACACAGCCAAAAGCUCGCGAGAACUAAUAGAUGCCUCACGGCGUCUCAGAACCAAGUACUUCAACGGUAUAUCUUGCAACUACUUGACCUAUGGCUUCGGCGCAUCACCAGACAACCUUGAACAACUCUGUCUCGAGAUAUAUCGUUAUCUCGCGCGAUGGUAUCAAGAAGGAACGGAGAUAUGGCUCUUUGGGCUGGGUCGAGGAGCUUAUGCCUUGCGUUGCGUAGUUGGUAUGAUCCACAAUUGUGGCAUCGCCAGAACCCCAAGCGACGAGUUAUGUGAGCUGGUCUAUCAGACUUAUACAUCGUCUCGCGAAUCGGACAGGCCCUCCUCGAAAAAUUGUGAGGAUUUCCGUCGAAGGGUCAGCUGGGAUGUGGAUACACCUAUCAAGAUCAUGGUUCUGCUAGAUACCAUCGGCAGCAUCGGCCACACCUGUACCAACACAGUGACUGGAUCCACGAGUCCAAAACUCUGCGAUGAAGUUAUUCCUCAUGUUGUGGAGAGUGUCUUUCAUGCUUGCUCUAUACACGACCGUCUGCCAUUCCUUCAACUAUGCCUUUCAACCAAGGGAGACCACAACAAAACCCCUCUGAUAUCCGAAAAUUGGUUUCCUGGUUGCCACUAUGACAUUGGACGGCAACGUUGUCAGUUUUUCCCAAAGGGCUGGCUUUACUUUAUCCCCAGUCUAUUCAGUGGUGUAGUGGAACCAAACCAUGUGCUCAGUAAUGCGGUCCUGUGCUGGGUUCUUCAAUCUGUCGCUCGAAAAUUUCCAUCUCAGACGGUUUUCCGGGACUUGCAUUGGCAAAUCAACUUUCUGAAGAAAUCGAUGCGAUCUAUCAACACUAGUACUGGUUCUGGGGAUGUGUAUGAAUCUUCCAAAAUACUUAAUUGUGCCCCAUUCGGUCGUGUCAUCACU